AGAGAGAGAGAGACACGAGACGAGCGUACCGUUGUGCGCGUACUUAUUUAUAGUAGCGUUCAAGUUCUUAUGCUCCGUCUUGAACAUUUCAAAACGCUUCACCGUGAGUGAUCAGAGAAGAAAUGUUGAAUUCUGGGCAUAUUGUUUGCCUAGAUACUCUUGUUUAAUCAAUAUAGCGUUAUAUGAAGCGAAUAGGAAAGUAAGUUGUAUCGAAUCGAAUCAUUUAUAAAAAUUCAAGAUCGAUGCCGGCCAUAAUUAUCAAGGAUUAUCAAUGGCGUCAGACAGAGAAGAAGAUAAUAAUACACGUACCCUUAAAAAAUCGAUCUAAAAAUGUGGAUUUAUUCGUCAUGGACAAUUAUGUAAAGAUUAGUUCAUCUCCCUUCAUCCUGGAGUUAUUUUUAUGGAAGAAUGUGCUCGAACAAGAAAGUGAAUGUGUUCUUACGGAUAACGAAGCUAUUUUCUCCUUGCAAAAAGAAAAUAUAACUCACGAUUGGCCAUGUCUUGAAAUGAGAAACCUCAGCAAGGAGCAAAAACAUGAUUUUAGAAAUCGAAUUUUAGAAAAGACGCAUAACGUUGCAGAAAAUCGUGCAAAAUCUAGAAGCGAGAAACGUCAGUAUCUUCAAAAAGAAGCUGUUAAAGCGCAAAUCAAUUUGGAUACUCAGACGUUAAACAAGAUAGAAUUCUUAAGAGAUGCUCAUAGAAAAGCUGCGAUGCGAGAUUUCGAAGAUUGGCGGUCUAAUGCAGAAAUACCAAUUCUCCAAAACAUUUCCGGCAAAGCUCAAAAGAAUAGAAAAGAAUAUAGGCCACCACUUCAGUGGUUCAAAGAUGAUUCUAAUAUUGUGCAAUGUGUGGAAGUAAAUGAAAGAGAAAAAAUGAAAGAAGGAAUAAAUAUGGUAAAAAAACAGGCAAGCGAACCUGUUGUUAUAGAAGAUUUAAAGGAAGAACCGAUUGUUGAAGAAUGUACAAAAAAAGAAUUAAUUGCUACACAGGAUCUUAAGAAAAAAUCAAUUGUUAAAGGAUUAUCUACUGAAGAAACUCAAAUAAAAAAAUCAAUCGAUGAAAUGAAUUUGAAAACAGAAACAAUUUCGAAUGAAUAUUUUCAAAAGGAAACGAAUAUUAUAGAAAUGAAAAAAUCAGCUUCGAACGAAAGUUUUGAUCUUGAAGAGAGCUCCAGUUAUUCUGAAGAUUCCGAAUCUAAUUACGAAAUGACAGCUCACAAAUCUUCAACAACACCUUUAGUCAAAGAAAUGGAUCAGAAAUCUUUACAAAGAUUUGAUGCGAAAACGAAGAAACAGAAACUAGGUCAGAAUUUGAUUGACAAGGUAUUGAAAGUCCGAUAUUUCAAGGUGAAUCAGAUAUUCAACGAACCUUCCAAGACAAUACCGCUUCCCAGAAAAAGUGGCACCAUUAACGUAACUUUUUCUGAAAGGGCCUUUCCCACUCCUGCCAGAGAAAGUUCUCACAUUGAAGAACAGGAAUGGCUCUCGAAGCAAGUGGAAGCUAGAAGGAAAACCGGAUUCGUUGAAGAAGAUCUCCGUCCUGAAGAACAAGAUCCUCAAUGGUUAAAGGAUAAGGGCAAUGACUUCUUCAAAGUAGGGAACUACUUGGCUGCUAUUAACGCAUACACAUACGGAAUUAAGAUUAGCAAUAAGAUGACUGCGCUCUACGUGAAUAGAUCCGCUGCACAUUAUGCUCUUGGAAAUUAUUACAGAUGUAUCGAAGACUGUUCCACGGUACUGGAAUUGAUGGAACCAAAAUGCGAAAGUAAUAGAAUAUCGAGAGCAAGAUGUCAUGCUCGUCGGGGUGCUGCUCUUUGCAAAUUAUCUGCACCGCAGCAUGGAAUCCCCGAACUGGAAGCUGCCUUGAAAUUAGACCCGAAUAACGAAAGUAUAAAACGCGAUCUUCAUGUCGCCAGACAAUACUUUAACAUAAAAGAAUAAUGAUGGACGAAUCGGAUAUUUCAAGAUUUUGUCAGUAG